UCGAUGCCGAGCAUACGGCAACUUUCAGCAGUAUCAAGUGUUCUUGGGCGGAGGCCAUUGAGCUCACAAAUCUCUCGCAACCAUGUAGCAACUUCGGUCAGGAGCUGCUCAUGCUCAGCUCCAGGUCCUUUCCAAAAAUCGGUGGCCCGCAACGCGCAACGAGCUUCGCAAAAUGCUCAAUUGAAUCCUACAACGUCGGAACCCCCCAAGCCCGACGCUGGGGCUGAUCACCGGGUGAUUGCGAAGCUGCAUGACCUUUUCCUUACGUCGCCCAUGUCCCCUGGCUCGCCGCUGCUCCUCCCGAAUGGCGCCUACGUUUUCCAGAAGCUGCAAGACUUCCUCCGAGCACAAUACCCGCAGUUCGGAUACAAGGAGGUCAUCACGCCAACCAUAUAUAAGAAAUCUUUGUGGGAAAAAUCGGGGCAUUGGGACAACUAUGCGGAAGACAUGUUCAGCGUACAGGGUCGAGGCGCGACAGGGCAGACAGAGAAUGCGCAGGCUGGCGAGGAUGAAGAGUUCGGACUGAAGCCCAUGAAUUGCCCGGGACAUUGUCUGCUAUUCUGGGGUGAGGGCGAGCUCAAAAGCUACAGGGACCUGCCUGUGCGGUAUGCCGACUUCAGCGCGUUGCAUCGAAACGAGAUUUCAGGGUCCCUGACGGGCUUGACACGGGUCCGACGUUUCCAUCAAGAUGAUGCGCAUAUAUUUUGUCGGCCAGACCAGAUUUUGUCGGAGAUUGAACAGACGUUGAAGUUUGUGGGCAUGGUGUACGACACCUUCAAUCUUGGUCCUUAUAAGUUGUUGCUCUCGACUCGACCAGAGGAACACUACAUUGGGACACUUGAAGAGUGGAAUAGAGCGGAAGAGCAGCUGACUACUGCUCUUAAUAACAGCGGAAGAGAAUGGGCUAUCAAUGAGGGAGACGGUGCCUUUUACGGUCCGAAGAUUGAUAUCAUUCUGAAAGACGCGACUGGGAAAGAACACCAAACAGCAACCAUUCAGCUCGACUUUCAACUCCCCCAGCGCUUUGACCUGCAAUAUCAAGCAUCGCCCGAGGAGCUGGAGGCAGGUGCUGUCUCAGCUGGGGACAAGAAUAUUGAUCCAUCGUGCCGUCGGCCUGUCAUCGUCCAUCGCGCCAUAUACGGAUCAUUGGAGCGCUUCAUGGCCCUCCUUAUCGAGCAUUACAACGGCAGCUUCCCAUUCUGGCUUUCGCCGCGGCCCGCGGUGGUCGUGACGUUGAAUCAAAAGCCUGAACUGCUCGAAUACGCGGCUCGCGUUCAAUCCGUACUCGCAGGUGUCUUAGACCCCUCACAUUCGAACAACGCACAGACAAGCGCCGACUUCAAACCGACGCCAAGACAAUUAUCUGCGAUCCACCUUCCCAUCGACGUCGACUCGAGCGCUCGCCAGUUGGGUAAGAAGCUCCGCGAAGCCCAUAACAAGAAGUAUAACCAUAUCAUCGUCAUCGGUGCUGAAGAAGCGAAGUCUCAAACCGUGCGUCUGAAUAUCAAGAACCAGCCGAACGAUGGCGCCGUACGCGAGGUUAUCACUGAGGUUUUGGGGCGGCCGCUUACGGAAGAAGAUGAACUCAAGGGAACUAUCAGUGUAGGGAUGACGAUAGAAGAGGCAAGAAGGUAUUUCCUGGCUCUGGUGGAGAGAUUCUUGUAGUAUACUAUAAGGCCAUAAGAAUGUAAAUUAUUGUGUACACUUCGACGGUCCGGC